AUGCAAUUUAGAGGCACUGCCAACGGAGCAUCCCCCAGCUUCGAUAAGAAUAGCCAAGCAUCCGAGAGCUGUGGACUUUGCUAUGGGCCAACAUGUCUAUCUCGUCCCAAUCAGUAUACUGAUUUGCAGCUUGAGAACCCAAAGUCUUGCCCUGUAGGGCCGGAACUAUACGAGCGCUCCUGUGCCCCAGGAAAAGACGAUCAGACAGAGUUCGACGAGUUCCGAAAACCGUGUCAAGGUCGAAAACCCAGGUUGAGUCGGCGCGCCCUCGAUGUUUCUCGUCUUACUCAUACGCCAUUGGAGAAGAGCUCCGGGAAAUCUGACAUUUUAGAAAACGGGAGCGCAAGAAGAGGAAAAAACAGUCCCGAUUUAAACAGUCAGGGUGCAUGA